UUUGAUAAACUGGUUCGCCAGAACUUGGUGUUUAUGGUUGUGGACCGCGUCAAUGAUUCCAUCACUGCUCAGAGUAAGAUGCAAUACGACUGCUCAAGUCUGGUCAACCACACCGCAGACAACUGCAAAUCAUGCCAACAGGCACAGUACGUAUCCAGCCGAUUGAAAUGGAUGUCGCCAAGUACUAAAUGCAAUACAAACUGGGUUGCUGCGAUAGCUCUUUUCUUAAUUACAGUCCAAAAAUAUUACAUUUUUAAAACUUUGCUCCAACAAUUACAUUAGAAUGCAUUAAUUACUAAAAAGUCACCAGGCAGUGCGGCAAAUAUUUAAAAUACCGCAAGAAGUGUCCGUGCGUAAAUCAUAUUCAAAGGUUUCUUUUUCUUCAUUUCCUUGGUUUUUUAAAAAGGAAAUUUGAAAAAUAUCAAAUCUGGUUUAUCGCAACAACUUUCCAUGUAUCUUUCAUUAUGUAACAGGUGAGUUGAAUUAAAGUGUCUCUGUGAUUUAGAAUUAUAUUUAUAUAUAUGCAUUCACAAAGAACAGUGGAAAUACUUGUAUGUGUAUUCCAUUCUCUUCCAGAUUCAUCAAUGGAGCUGAUCUUGUGAAUCGUAACCAGUCACUACCACUCACCCAACCCCCAAAUUACUGAAUUCAAAUAAAUCCAUGUUCUCAAAUGAAAUACAAACAUAAUAUUUCUGUAAAAGUCAAGGAUUUAGGUAAUGAUAUUGCAAUGAUAGAACGUCGACAUAAGCCAAUAUUGCCUGUGUUUUUUGUAUUUAUUAGCCAAACGCCAGACAACCAGCGGGUGAGUAAUCCCCUGGACCUGGUGCUGCCUAUGCUGCUUCAACCUUCUCUAUCAACGGGAAAACUUCUAGACUUUGUUGCCAAAACUGUGACGUCAACCCAAGCCAUCAAGCUUCUUGGCAAACAAACUACAAAACUAGUCCAUGAUGUUGGUAGCGUGGCCAAGAAUGCUGGCAACACCUUACUGAGUGGUGCCAAGAGUGUCUUUGAUACGUCUCUAUCAAGCCUCAAAGGCCUGGGUGACAAGCUGACAUCUCUUACGUCUGACAUCGGGUCCUCCCUAAAUGGCGCCGUUGGGAACCUUGGUCACUUGUUCACGGACCAAAUUGGGGGGAGCCUCCAGCACGUCGGCACCGGUCUGGUGAACGGAGCUAAAGAUGUGAUGAAUAACCUUGCUCAUGGAGCGACAGACGUAGCUAACAAUAUUGCACAUGGAGCAAAAGACGUGGUGGACUCUGUCUCUAGUGGACUCAGUAGUAUUGGCCACCAUCUUGGGCAUAUAUUUGGAAGAAAACGGUCCGCCUGUCCUGACUGUGAUAGAAUUAACAGCCAGAACUCAGCAGAAAUCGUCAGCAAUGUCUGUGGCUCCGACUUCAUGACACGACAUAACGCCAUCCUUACAGAAAUCAACCACAUGCAACAAGUUUACUCCUCUGCCAUCAACGCCACUGUUAUACAGAAGGUUGAGUAUGACCCGACUUCUAUUGACGUCACUCACGGCGUCCAAUUCAGGAUAGUCCACAUUACAUACACAAUUAACGGACAAACCAAACGAUUUACUUCCUCCUCGCCUCUCCGCCUGACUGACCUACCAACCACAUCAGAAAGUGUAUCUAUGGAGAUCUACGAGUCUUACGUAUAAAGUAAUAAAAAGGGUGCUGGCAUUUA